GAAAGACAGUAAGACAGAAAAAGAGAGGUGGAAGUGAGUGAGUGAGAGAUGGGCAGGGAGGUAUAAAGAGAGGGAGGGAGUAAUAUAAGAGAGGCAGCCAUAGAAGGAGAGGUGACAGAGUAGAUUAUCCUCUCCUCUCUGCCAGUCUCAUCAUGUUCAUUCUGCAGAUGUUGACUAUUGUCUCUCUCACUGUUAUCUUCCUGGCAUCUGUAGAAGCUAACGGCGUGCAGAUGCAGAGGGAUGUCCAGUGCUGUAUGUUGUACUCCCAGGGCAAGGUGCGUACCAAAGAUGUGUUGCGGUUUGAGGUGCAGACGGAGGGGCCUGACUGCAGUAUACGAGCCAUCAUUCUUUACACAAAGAAAGCAGUUAAGUGUGCAGACCCCAGUGAUCGGAAGGUGAAACGGUUAUUGAGGAAGCUCAUCUUGAGACAGAGAGCCAAGGAACAACGGAUGUGGUUCCUUUCUGAUGACAACCUGCCCGUCAUGUCAGAGGACCAAAAAAACAACUGGGUAGUUCAUAAUGUGGACUAAAAACGCUCCGUCAAAUAUGGAGGAGACCUUGUAGUCAUACGCCAAGUAAACUCUCAGCAGCUCGUUGUCUUUACUCUGCAACACCUGCUGACUCCACUUAUCUUCUGUCUCUCUUUCUACGCUCUCCAUCUCCCUGGGACCAGACCUGGGCAGCAAUACAUAUUUUAAUAGCUUUAGGUAUUUAAACAAGAACUGCACUUGAAAUAUUCCCGACAUUUGGCUGCACUCAACAGAAGAGUGUAUCUGUAAGAUAAGUUGCAAUGAUUUUUAUUUUAAAUGGCUUAUACUGUUAUUUGCCAGAGUCUGCCUGAAAGUGUCUCCCUCUAGAACAGCAUAACCACUCGUGGCUGAUGUGAAGUCAGUGAACCAGUUGUACUGAAACGAGUAUUGACAUUUAUAUAAGUAUAUCAGCAAGAUACUCUGUGCUUAUUUUUGACUUGUAUACCAUGUAAAGAGAUUUCACAAUGAACAAUAAAUUGUUUUUUUUUCACAUUCAGCUGAGCAUGAAGGAUAUUGGGGGAAAAUGUCUAUAUUAUGAGCUUGCACUUUUUUUUUAGGUAUUUGUAAUAAGGUUUAAAAAUCUGCCUUCAGGCUGUAUUUGACUGUUGGUAGAAAACUAUCAGUGGGACCAGACUAGAUUCAACCUUCUUUGUAACACAAGCAUAUUCUCAUGAUAUUUUGUCCACUUUAUAUAUUGAAUGUUUGUAAUGCUGUGAAAACUUUUCAAAUCAGACCCUAAGGCAUUGCUGACAGAUUUAGAUGUCUUUAAAUGUCUCUGCAGUCUACAUUUGUCUUUCUAAACAAUAGUCUGCCACAAAACUAUGCCAAAGUAUUCAUGUGUUGACCCAUUACAUGACUAGGCUGUUAUAACUUAGAGGGCUCAAUUGUGUUUACAAUGCACAAGCAUUGUAUUGUAGAAUAAUGCACUGUAUCACAAGUAAAAUAUUUUAUAAAUUAAACUGAAAUAAUUAUAACA